AUGAAGAGACCCGAGGACCUUGAUUCUGAAAAUAUUGACAAAAAACCAAGACUAGACAUAGAAGGAAAUAGUAUCGUAGAAAUGUCAGCUGAGAAUAAUAGCCAUCGCGAUGAGAAUUUCACAAGUGUUGGAGAUCAAGUUGAAGAAGUUGAUCACAAUCAGGGUAUCACCAAUACUGGUAUGACCGAUGUAGAGGGACACCCAGUUCAAGAGAUUGAAUCUUUGUGUAUGAAUUGUCAUGAAAAUGGUACCACGAGGUUACUUUUGACCAAAAUUCCAUUCUUCAGGGAGAUCAUUAUCAUGUCGUUCGCCUGUUCCCAUUGUGGAUUUAAGAAUUCUGAAAUCCAACCAGCUGCUCAAAUUGCUGAAAAAGGAUCCCGUUACAUCCUCAAGAUUGAAAACAAGAAGGACUUCAAUAGGCAAGUAGUCAAGUCCGAGAGUGCCACUUGUAGAUUUGCAGAGUUAGACAUUGAGAUUCCUCCAAAGAGGGGCCAAUUGACCAACGUUGAAGGCUUAUUGCAAGAAAUGAUUGAUGACUUAGAAUCCGAUCAACCUGCUAGAAGAGAACAACAACCAGAGAUAUUCACCAAGAUUGCUGAAGUAAUCGCCAAGGUUAAGUCUUACAUCAAUGCUGAACCAAAUACGUUACCAUUGACCUUGACUGUUGACGAUCCAGCUGGUAAUUCGUGGAUUGAGUAUGCACCAGGUGAAUCGACUCAUAAAUGGUCAAUGUACGAGUAUGGAAGAACUGCUGAACAAAAUGUCUUUUUAGGGUUAAUCUCAGAAGAUGAAGUUGCUCAGCAGAGAUUGUUGGAUUCCAAAAACAAGAAAGCUGCAACUGAUAAGAACAUAUCAAGUCAAGUUAAAAAAGAUCAAGAAACCGCUACUACUGCAGACUCUGCAGACUCUUCAGCUAACCCUAAAACUACAGGUUUUCUUUCUGAUGAAACUGAAAUUGAAAACCUUGCCAACGAAGUUCAAACCUUUACUGCAACUUGUUCCUCAUGUUUCGAACCUUGUGAAACUCACAUGAAAACGGUGAACAUUCCACAUUUCAAAGAUGUUAUCCUUAUGUCUACUGUUUGUGACCACUGUGGAUACAAGUCCAAUGAAGUUAAAACUGGAGGUUCUAUUCCAGAUUUUGGUAAGAAGAUUGUUCUCAAAGUCACUGAUCCAGAAGACUUAGCAAGAGAUAUUUUGAAAUCUGAGACAUGUGGAUUGAACAUUCCAGAAUUGAACUUGGAUUUAACUCCCGGUACCCUUGGAGGUAGAUUUACUACCAUUGAAGGUUUAUUGACUCAAGUUUAUGAAGAAUUACAUGGUAGAGUAUUCACUCAAACUUCAGACUCUAUGGAUGAAGAAACCAAACAAAGAUGGACUACCUUCUUUGCUAGAUUGCAAGAUGCUGUGGACGGUAAGAUUGGAUUUACCAUCGUAAUGGUUGACCCAUUAGCUUCAAGUUAUAUCCAAAAUGUCUAUGCUCCAGAUGUUGAUCCUAAUAUGACCACUGAAGAAUUCGAGAGAACUCACGAACAAAAUGAAGAUUUAGGUCUAAACGACAUGAAAACUGAUUAA